AACAUUUAGCAGAUGUGGCCAAACGCGAGUUGCGCAGGAGGGCGUACCUGUGACGAGGGUUUUGUGAGAUCAGGAGAGGACUAUCACUAUCACAGUUGGAGUAGAUACCGUGUCUCAGCCGUUUCUCGCAUUACUGGAUAUGCAACCACUCAUUCCCGACUUUUCCGGCGUUUUGGACGAUUUGUGUCGAAAGGCACUACUGUAAGUAGAGUGAAACCACUUGAGCGAGUGAGGACGGAGUACCAUUUUACUUUUAAGUGAAGGAAAGUACAACAGCGGCAUUCCUGCGAGAGGGUCACAAGGGAGACGGUGUGAGUGACCUGCUCCCUUGAGAGGGGGGGUGGGGGGUGGGGGGUGGACUUGUGAUACUCACCCCUCCUGGUCACUGCUAAUGUUCAGCAUGAUGACCCACAGCGCAUGGCUGCUCUUCCAGCUAUUGCUGUGUAUUGUGCCCACUCUGUGGGGUUACCCCUUUAGACCCCCACUAGACCUGGAUGUGACCCCCAGAACUACAGUCCUCUCUAACGGGCUGUUGGGCUGCAGACGCUUCAGAGGUUCAACUCUCAACUAUAGUUUAUUGCUCCUGGAGGAGGAGGCAGACAUGCUGUACGUGGGAGCGAGAGGGGCUUUAUUUGUCCUGCAGGCUAGUGACAUCUCCAGCAGCUCACUGCGGAACAUUGACUGGGAGGCAUCAGACGAACAGAAGCAACAAUGCUUGAGGAAAGGGAAAGAUAACAAGACGGAGUGCUACAACCACAUACGGUUCCUCCAAAGGUUCAACAGCACACACUUGUACACUUGUGGCACACAUGCUUUCAGCCCUCUCUGUGCAUAUAUUGAUGGGGGGGAGUUUAAGAUCUCGUCGGCCUUCGAGGAGGGUCGAGAGAAAUGUCCAUAUGACCCCAACAAAGGAUACACUGGACUGCUGAUUGAUCAACAGAUGUACACAGCAUCUCAGUAUGACUUUCGGAGCUUUCCAGAUAUCCGACGCAACUCUCCGAAUCCCACACUGAAAACAGAAGAGGCUCCCACUCAAUGGCUGCAGGAGGCUGAUUUUGUGGGCUCAGCAUUGGUGAGAGAGAGUGUGAGCAGCUCAGCUGGAGAUGACGAUAAGAUUUACUUCUUUUUCACGGAGAAGAGCCAAGAGCUCAGUCCAUACUUCAGCCACAGCAGAGUAGCGCGGGUUGCUCGUGUGUGCAAGAGAGAUAGAGGAGGUCUCCUCACCCUACAGAAGAAGUGGACCUCCUUCCUGAAGGCACGGCUGGUGUGUUCUUUACCUGACUAUGAAUUUCACUUCAAUGUGUUGCGGAGUGUGUUUUUGCUGGAGGGUGCCCGCUCUCAGCACUCUAUUCUCUAUGGCAUCUUUGGCUUGGAAUGGAAAAAUGUAAAAGCCUCUGCUAUCUGCCAGUACUCCAUUUCGGAUAUCCAGUGGGCCUUUGAGGGGCCUUACAUGGAGAGCAUGGAGGACUCCAGCUCUAAAUGGACCCAGUACACGGGGAAGGUUCCGGAACCGCGACCUGGCUCGUGCAUCACAGAUCAACUUAGAGCAAGAGGCAUCAACUCAUCCACCAACCUGCCCGAUGAUGUGCUUCACUUUGUCCGCCGCCAUCCGCUCAUGUACAGGCAGAUCCUUCCGCAAGGACAACGCCCCCUGCUGUUUAGGAGGAAUGUGGACUAUACUAAAAUUGCAGUACACAGAGUGACUGGUCUAGAUAGUCAGAUAUACCACAUGCUCUUCAUUGGGACAGAUGAAGGUUGGCUGCAGCGGGCUGUGGAGGUCAAUGGUCAACUGCACAUCAUUGAGGAACUGCAGUUGUUUGAGGAGCCCCAGCCAGUGGAAAGUAUAGUCAUCUCUGAGAAACAAAUGAGUGUGUAUGUGGGUUCGCCCACCUCAGUGGUACAGUUGCCCUUGUCCACAUGCAACAGAUACGCCUCCUGCUUCGACUGCGUGAUGGCACGUGAUCCCUUCUGUGCCUGGGAUGGGCUAGAGUGCGUGCAGAUUACAUCACACAACAGCAGAGCCAAUCUGAAGCAGGAUAUUUUGAAUGGAAAUAAGGGCUGUGAUGAAUCUACAGCAGAUGUCCUAAUGUUACACCGCUCUCGCUCUGUGAUGGCGGGCGAUGAUGUACUGCUUCAGUGUGAGCUCAGCUCCAAUCUGGCCACUCCUGAGUGGACCUUGGAUGGCAAGAAACUGCAGGGAUACGGGUUGAACUCUGGCUACCGCAUUGGCACAGACGGUCUUCUGGUCAUUGAGGCACGGCCCUUCCAGAGUGGUGACUACUGCUGCAUUGCCAUGGAGAACGGAGUCCAUAUUCCUGUUGUUAUCUACAGCUUGACUGUUCGGCAGGAGCUGCAUCCGCCUUCUCCUGUAGAGCCAACUCAUCCACUCAUGACUACUACAAUCUUCUGGCCUGAUCAAACUUCUCAAAGUGACUCCCUGGAUGAAUUCAAUCCAACCCCUCUGUCUCCUCGCUUUGAGUUCCUGUCCCUGAGGAACAUGGAGGCCAUGUAUCUAUCCCUAAUCACAAUCUUAGGAGGACUGUGUCUUGUUCUCACAGUCAUCCUACUUUAUGUUGGAUUCUGUUUGCAAGGGCGGAGGGGUAAGUACUCUUUGCGAUCCGCUGCGUAUGCUGAAAGGAAGAGAGGUGCGCACAUGGAGCUAAAUACCAUCUCCAGCCACUGCAGUGGGAAACCUGAUGCUCAUGAUGGUCUACUGCAGAUCGUCCCUGGAGAAGCUCCAACUUCACCCAAUAAGGAGCUCCCUCCUGCUCCACCUCUUCCACCUCCUCCUUCAGAAUCAGAGUAUAUAAAUGGACUCUCUGCCACCCUGCCCAGUGUCUUGCGCAAGAUGAAUGGCAACAGUUAUGUGCUGCUGAGACAGACUGAUGGAGACACCACAUCCCCUCUAUAUUAUUCAUUCACGGAAGAGCUCAACAGGAUCCUGGAGAAGAGGAAGCACACUCAGCUGUGUAGUAAACCUGAUGAGAGCUCAGUGUGAACUUUGGGACACAAUACUACCAUGUGGAGAUAUGUGCAAAUGUCCUCUGAAGCAUGACAUCAUUAUUAUUUACAAGCCCUGCUUUACCCAGAUUGACAUUAAUGGGAUGUUAAUAAUUGACCUAAACUCCUUUUAUUGGAAGAUAAACAAAGCAUCGGUAUUCCUCUAAAAAUAACAAAUUGUUUCUUGGUUUACAUUUCAAAUGUAGAGCUUUUGAAUUUCAACAGACUGAGGAGUGCCCACUGGUCACAAAAAAGCAAAGACUGCAACACAUACAAUGGAAAUUCUACCUCAGCAGGAUAUCACACAAGUCUCAACUCAUUUCAGUAUACUUGCUUUAAAAUGUGCGUUGGAAUAGGGUGGAAGGCCAAGGACAUGCAGCAGAGAAUCUUUAAAGCAAGAGUCUCAGUAUUGGGGGACUCAAGCUACUUAUUCAAUAAUGAACUUGUAAAGUUGGUUCAAAUAACUUUAAAGACUUCUAUAAGGCAACAAAAGAAUAUUGCAAGUGGCAACAUGAACUCUUCAUAUAUCCAGAUGCAAGAAUCAUACCUGGACAGAGCGAGCCACUUUAAAUCCAGUGAUGUAGUGCACUGAAUAUCUUUGCAUAUGUUCAUUAGUUUAAUAUUUUCUAGUUUAUGCCAAGACUGACCAUAUCAGUAACAGCUUGUAAUAAUAAUUACAAUUAAAAACAGCAGGGAUAACAGACUUUUAAAAAUGAGAAAUGCACUUGAUGGAACUAAUAGUGUGAAUACGGCUUUUAUUAAUAGUUUCACAGGGGUGGGAAACUGGGAAGAUGACAGUAUUAACCACUGGGUUGCACUUUAUGGACUGGUAGCAUUUGUUUCCGUGAGGUGCUGCUUAUUCUGACAGAUCUAGAGAGGAUGAAAUGGACCACAAGGACAGUCAUGUUUGCAAAAGAUGUGAAUCGCUGAUAUAGCAACAAUAUGAUAAAACUAUAUUGUAUGCUGAAUUGAAAAUGCUACGAAGGGAAGACUAUGUAGACGUACAAUAUACUUAUAUAACCCUGGGAUAUUAACCAUAAUUCUGGUAAUUCACUAAGUCUGGAUGUGUCUGUUUCAGUGUUUCAAAUAACAGGGUUGUAUUGUCCCUUGCAGUAUGAUAAACAAUGCAGCGUUCACAGGAACUGACAUGAUUCUUAGUGGGACUCAGAAUUCCACAGUCAUUGGCUGCCUGGUUUCCAUGGCAACCACAGAGAAGAGGUAAAUCUCUAUGCUGACCUUCUUAGAUUAUCCUUUGGACUUGACCAAUUAUUACACCACCUUUUACAGUCAGGUUUUAUAAUCUUAAUAGGGAUUAGAGAAUUUGAGAAAAAGGUGAAAUUGGGCUUCUAGUGCCAGUAAAUGAAGUCAAUUCAAUUCUAGUUGGGGCAUAACAAACAAUGAGUAUUGUGAUAUUGCAGUUUAAUGAUCCUUUCACCUCCAGUAAGUCUAUUAAAUUGUUGUGUAGUCUAAAUGUUCAAGCUUGAGACUACCCACACUUGCGUGCAAGAGCAUUUUGGCGUUUCUCCCACUACUUAAGGGGGUAAAGCACCUGGUUCUGUCUGUUUAGAUCACAAUAUGCAGAUUGCAGUGAAGCCGAGUGGAGAACAUUAAGGCCACAUGUUCACAGCAGAGCUAAGAUGAGUACUACUGAUAAUGUAGUUUGCUUUCCUCUCUUUCUCUUUAUCCCUAACUUUUUGCUCAUUGUCUUUUUGAAUGAUUUUGUCUUGUUUAGUAUGCCCGGGCUAAACUUAUCUCUCUCUUCACUUUCUGCAUUGUUCCAAAGCACUUUGUUAUAGGAAAAUUACACCCAAAAUUAAUAAAAAUAAAUAAAUGAAAAAAAUACCCCCCACCCCCUUUAUGCCAUUCCAAUCCUGCAUGGAGUUAUUUUUGUCUAUGGAACACAAAUGAGAUUUUUUUUUUUCUGGAAAAAAGGACAAAAAAACCCACCCCAAAUAUAUCAUAAAAGUUUCCCAUUUAGCUUGUGCGCUAUAUUCCAAUUUUUCAGAAGCCACACGAUAGCUUUGCAUGAGGAACAGAUUUAAAUUUAAGCAGAUAUUCACUGAUAAUCUUCCUGCCUUAGCCCACUUUCACGUCCAGAUUAAAAAAUGGUGAUUUGUCAUUGAUGCCAAAGCAGCAUUGGUUGUGGCAUUAAUGUGUAGUAUCCAAAUGUGAUGUCACUUUUAAAUUCUUUUACAAUUAGGGCAAGAUUAUCAAGGAAUAAUUCAUUUUGGUCUAUUCCUUAUAGUCGCAUUCCCCAGAAUCAUUUGUACUACCUUUAUUAUUCUUUUUUCUAUGCUUUUUUGUCUUUGGUCUUUUUAUGGUGUUUUGUCCUUUUUACAUAUCGACUGAUAUGGUCACUAUGAACAUUAGUUGUAUAAAAAGAGCAGCGUAAAGAUUAAAAACAAUUUGUGUUACACAGAAAAAAUUAUAGCAUAUGAAUUUGGAUCAAAAGUGAAGAGUAAAUAAUGACAGAAUUUUCAUUUUUGAGUGGACUAUUCCUUUUAAAAUGGUUAAUAAUGUUUCCUGCUAUUCAUUUUUUUCUCCAUGUCCCUCGUCUCUCACUCUCCGAGUACCCCCACAAUCUUUUUUUAUUUCCAUUUGACAAAUGGCUUUCAUGUAUGUGCAUACUCCUCCAUCAUAGUCUCAAAUGAGAGCAGAAUAGAUCUGCAUACACAUCUGACCUCCUCUCCCAGAGGGUCACAAGCUGUGAUUAGAUGCUUAUCGUCAUGCAGCUCAUAUCGUCUGUGCCUGCAAUGUUUACGUCCCGCGAGUCUUAUAUAUUCCUGCGAGAGAGGCACUUGUGCAAAUUCUUCUAACAUGCCAGGACAGGUUUGUUGAUGAAAUAUAUCUCGACUGUGGCCCUCAUUCAAAGCCAUUUUAAAGUCUGCAAGAGAGAAAGAGAUUGACAGAGAAUGGGAGAAAAUGAUAAAAAGAGAGCCUAGAGAAUGCGUGGAAAUAGUUUGGGAAAUGGUUAAUAAUUAUUUUCAGUUCCUCAUUUAGGGCAACUACACAGAGAACUCCAAAAAUAGGAGUCAGGAUAACAAAAGAUCUGCUCAGACACACCAGAUUAUGGUCAUGUAGGCUUAUUUGUUAACUUUGUAACAUGACAUUACAGUGUAUUCCCUCUUUACAUAUAGGCCUACUGAAGACCAAAAUCAGUAGAGUUUGUGGCCUUAGUCUAUGUUUGCUAGCUUUGAGGCCAUCUAUAUGUUAGUGUACUUGUAAAUGUGGAAAAAAAUUCACUUUCAGAAUUCAAAUUUACAGACUUUCUCUUCCAGGAAAAUGGACCGAAAACACUGAUGACUCAUCUUGUACUACACAGAUUUUUUUUCCAAUCAAAUGCUUUCUAGAAUGAGAAUGUCCCUCCCCCUAAUUCCACUUCCAACUGACUACUUUGUUAAUUAGCAAUCAUGGUUCAUGGCUGUGAUGUAACUGAAGCCCAUAGGCAAUUUUAUUUUAUUUUUUUUAAGUUAAAAACCCUUCGAUAUGUCCCACCCAAACUUGCCCUUUAAAUAGGAAAUGACACAGGAAAGAAAACUGUGCUCAUCAAGCCAUUUCAUUGGGUCUAUACAGAAAUAAUCAUACGGCAUAUGGGCUCUUAAACAUUUUGAAUUUCUUUUUUGGCAGGACCAGCUGCUAUUUGAUGUUCAGUGUAAAAUAUGACAUUUUGUGGAGUUGAGCACAUUUCAAUCCUUACAAUAGACCUCUUUGCUAAAAUCUGGAGUGCAUAAUAUAUAAAUGCUGCAGCAGCAUUUAGUUUAGUAUUUAUCACUGAGGUAUAUGGGAGAAUUUUUAUAGAUUGAAUGUGUUUCAUUGUUUUGAUGUUGUACUAUUAAUUCAAGGCAUUUUCAAUAUGAGCUUCUUUAUGAAUUAUUAAAAAGGUUUGUGUUCUGUAUAGUUCACCAGAAAAGACUGUUGAUUGGUUGUGAUAUCAGUUUUUUUUUUUGUUUUUUGUUUUUUUUAUUGGUCCCUUUAGUCAUGUAUACCUUAUUCCAACAUACAGUACAUAUAAAAAUUGAAAUAUUUAUUUUACAGCUUUGUACAGUUUAUGUAUAUUUAUUUGUGGUUGGUUAAUGUUGCAUGGCUAUACAUUUUUGCAAACAUGGCCUACACUUUGGGGGAAAAAGUGUAUUAAUAGAAAUGGAAUUACCCCCAAAUAAGUGUAAUCUUCUUUUUGUGUGUAAAUUUACACACCAUUCUAAACAACGUGAACCCAAGAUUGUAUACAGUACUUCCUAUUUCCCAUGUAGUGUUCAGAAAAUAUUGUUAAAUCUCCUGCUGAACAGACUAUGUCUCAGGAUCACAUCAGCACACAGUUGCAUGCCUCCUCAGUCGUGAGUAGGAUUGUGUGGGCUGCCUGUGGAACUGGAUUUCAUGAAGCUGGUUAGACUUAUGCCUGUCACCAUGGUGAAAAAGUCUGUAAAAUUAUUAUCAAUUCACUCAAUGUUUAAUUCUCUAUUGCUCUCUCCAUGUGAAAACAUUGUCUUGCCCUAUACAUGUUCAGACAGUCAGAGCCCAAGAUAAACACUUAUAUCUUUGUUUAUUCAAGGAUAAGGUGUUAUGUUUUGUGUUUAAUUAACACAGAAAUACUACAGGGACAUGCUGGCUGGGGAGGAGGCAGAGAAGUGUUUCCAUUGCUUCCCAUUAUGUUUAACAUUGGAACUUUUAAGUCUGAAUUUUGGUUUGUUUACAGUUUACUCAGUAAAUUAUUUUAAUAAACAGUAUUGAAUCUUC